AGACCCUAAUACGACCGUCCUCCUCCCCUCCAAAAAGGUCGUAUUUGCGGUCUGCCUAUGGGAGACUACUCUUGCAUACGAGUCGACAUGGCACCCAAAGCUGCACCAAAGUUGACUGGCACUGAGCUCGUUCACGGCGAUGACGAGCUAGUUCAUGGCAGAGAAGUAGCUGCGUCCAUCUCGGUCACAACGACCUUCAGGGCCCCCUUGCCUCCGGACAACACCCCUCUUAACCUAGACAACAUGGACUUGCGCAACCCGGAGAGGCACGUCUACUCUCGCUAUACCCAAGAUGUCAGUACGCGUGCGGAAAGGGUCCUUAGCAAAAUCAACGGUGGAUUUGCGUUGACGUAUGCGUCUGGCCUAGCGGCUUCGUAUGCAGCGUUAGUUCACUUCCACCCAAAGCGCAUCGCAAUUACAGGCGGGUAUCAUGGAUGUCAUAACACCAUUGAGGUGUACAAGCGUAGCCGAGGCGGCGACCUUCCCCUCAUCGGCUUAGACGAUGACUACCAACCGGGUGACCUCUGCUGGCUCGAAACGCCUCUGAACCCCACCGGCGAAGCACGAGAUAUCAAGUAUUAUGCCGAAAAAGCACAUGCUGCUGGCGCAAAAAUGCUAGUGGAUUCGACGUUCGCCCCACCUCCCUUGCAGUACCCAUUCAAAUGGGGCGCGGACAUGGUUAUGCACAGUGGAACGAAGUACUUUGGCGGACACUCGGAUCUGCUAUGCGGUGUUCUCGUCGUGCCAACCGAGGCCGAAUGGAAAACGCUAUGGACGCAGCGCACCUUCCUUGGGUCUAUGAUGGGGUCCCUCGAGUCGUGGCUGCUCCUGCGCUCCCUCCGUACGCUGCACCUCCGCGUACCGCGCCAGUCGGAAAAUGCUAAGGGGCUGGCUCGCUGGUUGAGCCAGGCUGCUGGUGGCAGAGCUUUUGACGGGAUCCCUGCCGGUGUCAUCGACACUGUUUGGCACUCGAGUCUGCAGGGCAAGGACAGCCGAGGAUUUGAGCCGAGUGCUCAGUUGGAAGGCGGAUGGAAUCCGACGUUUGCUAUUCUGUUGAAGAAUCCAGAGUAUGCUCGUUUACUUCCACAUUCAUUGGAAUUCUUCGUCCCUGCGACAAGUCUAGGAGGCGUCGAGUCUCUCAUAGAGCAGCGUAGCACAGUUGAUCCUGGAGCGGACCCUAGAUUGGUUCGUAUCAGCUGCGGCGUCGAAGACCUUGAGGAUAUGAAGACCGACUUGAGGCGAGCGUUCCAAGCAAUCGUGAAGCCUAAGGCGAGGCUUUGAAGGCAGCAUAUACUCAGUAUCUCUAGCCAAUGUACCUAUAUGAUGUAGCAUAGAUGUGAUGUGCUAACGCUCAACCAAUUGUUCCAACAAUUCAUGAUGCUUUUACGGA